CAGUGGAGCGGACUCGAUGGGACGAAUGGCCUACUUCUGCUCCUAUAUCUUAUGGUCUUCUUGUGGAACAAUGCGACAGAGUUUUCCCGGUGGAAACUCCCGUCAUUUUUCCUCUUCGUGGGUGAUAGCAUUAUAGACAGAAAGGGUGUUUUUUUUUGUGUGUGAAUUAACGUGUACACGCUGCGUGGAGUCGCUGUAUCUAGAGGAAAAGUAAAAUCGGAAUAGAUGUAAUGUCACUAUUAAAUUCCUUACUGGUUCUUGCCUCACUUUGAUUAUCCUCACCAAAUUCGCUCAUCAACCGGUAGCAAGCGAAAGUGAGAGUGCAGGCAGGAAAUAGACUUCGAUCCCGAAGGCAGAAGCGCGGUCAACACUCCGGCGCAGAUCGGUGCGUUUAUACAACGACAAACAUGGGAAGCAGUGAGUUUAUAUCUUCAAUCCAUUACUGAGACUCUCCUCACCCCCCCCCCCCACCCCGAUGAAACAAACAAAUUAAUGCUUUCCCAUUGCAUUUCAGAUUUUUCAAAGGACCGCUGUUUUCACUCCCCAACCAUGGACGAGCGGAAUCUGGAGACUCUGAGGAACUACUUGUGUAACUACAGCCCCUCUGAGCGUUGUGGGGGCUGUAUAAACAUCCUGCUCUUCGGCAUGGUGGGGGCUGGGAAAUCGUCCAUCAUCAACACAUUCCUCUCGGCUCUGGAUCUACAAGGAGUGACCACAACCUGUGUCCCGACGGGGACGAGUCGCGAGUCUCACACACCAGAGUUACACAGUUUCAAUCCUGACUGGGAUGUUUGCAACUAUCCUGUUAUUCCGGAAAAUGUAAUUCAUGGAGUUGCAUUCAUAUUCAACAUCGACAUCGUAGACUGGAUCAGUGAUGAUAAAAUGAAAGAGUUUCAGGAGUUACAGACGAUCGUGGCACAGAAAUAUGUUCACAGGGUUGUGAUUGGCACCAAGUUUGAAUUAUUAGGGAUACCAGAGAAACACAAUGAAUACAACCACUGUAGCAGAAGUUUGAGAAGUUGGCAGAAUGCACUGGGAUGGAGAGGCAUUCCAUGUUUGUGGUUUCAAAUCAGUGGAGAGGUGAACGGAUCGAGAUGAUAAAAUGCAUCCUGGCCCUGUAUGUUCUGGAUGAUAUGGUCAGCAACAUUGACUGAUUUCUCAAAGCAGUGUAAUGAUCACAGCUGACCUUGUCCAGUGCUGUGAAUCCGAUCCAGUUUCAGGAGCACAGACACCGCUGUGGGAUUGAUAUUUUUAUUGUUUUCCCUGUAGUUUUAGCAUUCUUUAUGCUUGUUUAUAUAUUUGUACAAUCACCUGCUUGUCCAUAGACUUUCAGUAACUUGUUGUAUCAGUAGUUCCAUUCUUCUGUAGUUGCUAUCCUUGCAAAGUUGAAGGGGGAGUCAGUGAGUAUCUGCUGAAAUGGUUUCUCAAAUAAACUGGCUCAGCCCACUUGGCAGAAUAAAAACACACAAUGUGCUCAUGUAAACAACAGGAAUUCUGCAGAUGCUGGAAAUUCAAGCAACACACAUCAAAGUUGCUGGUGAACGCAGCAGGCCA